AUGUUAGGAACAAAAUCAAAAGUUGUUCCAAAAAAGUUGAUUCCAGAAAUGGUAACGGACUCGCGCUUUAUUACUCUCAAAGUUUUUGAAAUUGAGCGUUCAUGGGCAUUUGCAAUGAAACUUAACUCUGAAGCCUAUACGGAGCCAAGAAAACGGUUUCAUAUGGCAUCUCGAUUGACAAAAGCAGCAAGGAGUGCCGAUCAGUUGGCGGAUUUAACAAGCCAUCUAAAUUGCGACGCGCAGACUAUGCUUGAACUACAAGCAUAUAUUCAUUGGAUCCAUGGAAUAAGAUAUUUUGAAAAAAAAGACUGGCCGCAUGCCAAAUACCGGCUUGAAUCAGCACAAGCUAUCUACGAGGGUCUUUUGAAGAUCAUUGAAAAAGACAUGAGAUCUGUCUACGAGUAUCGUGUUUCCGAACUUUUGCCUCGAAUUCGUUAUUGUGCCCACAACAUAGGUGACGCUUCUGCUGCCUCAGAUUUAAUGAAAAUGCGCAGCUCGGAUAAAGAACUUGGUAUCGAAAAAAACAUUAGGACUACUGGAGCAAAGCUUGGCGUCUUAGAGCAACGUGAUCUGGAUAAUUUAUUGAGCCAAGUAAUGGCUUCGCAGGCGCAAAGCAUCACAGAAGUCCAAUGGCUCGGACAUACUAUCCCCGUUAAAUUGGAACAUGCUCGACUUGCUCUUAAUUCAUUAAAGGAAAUGGAUGCUGAAUUGGCGGGUUUGACAGACCCGGUCUCUAGAUUGGCUAUACAUGAGGCAAACUUAAAAGUGUGUGUUGAGGCAAUUUCAGCUGUAAGAGAUGAGCUUAAUGCCUUAACGGCAGCCGAACUCGCCGCAACUGCCGCUGCAACCACAGGAGAUAUUAGAACGUUAACUAAGCCUAAUCGAAGCAGGCUUAUGAAUUCAAAUUCAGAUCAGCAGGCAGAUUUGAACAAGUUGCCUCGCAUUCGCCUUCUAUACACUUAUUUACAAUACUUGAAAUUAUCCAAAACAUUUUCCCGCAAUCUUAUCCACGUUGAAGUUGCUCUUUCCCCUCGAAUGUCUCUUGUUGGUAAAGAAUCUAUGCAAACAGAUGAAAUAAAUCUAAAAACGGAGUCACUGAACAGCAAGAAGGACUCUUCCGUUCUGAUAGCUUCCAGUUCUCAUGCUAAACCUCAGGAAUUGGCACGCCUGUAUGAUAGCCUCGUACAAACCUUACAAGAAAUAGCAGCUAUUCCUGGCGUUUUUCAAGAACACCGAGACAUAGAUUAUCUUCAGACUAAGUUAAUGGCCUAUCGCUGUUUUCGGUAUGUUUACAUUUGUGAUUCUCAUGGCUGA